CUUCUCUUCCCAUCCUCUUGAACUUCAAGCCAAUAUGAAGCUCUCCCUCAGCCUAUUCGCCUUGUUCGGCUCACUUGCCUUUGCUGAAGAUGAAAUCAUCAAGGGAACCGAAUCUCCAAUCCAAAAAUUCCCUUGGCAGGUCAGCAUCCAAAGCUCAGUCGCAAAACAACAUAUCUGUGGUGGAAGCAUCCUCAGCGGCAAAUAUAUCCUUACCGCUGCCCAUUGCAUGAAUCCAUUGGAAGAUCCCUCCUUAUUCAGUGUGAGGGCAGGUUCAUCGGACUCGGAUUCCGGAGGGCAAGAGAUUAAAGUGAAACGCUUCACACGCCACCCUGACUACCAGAAGGAUUCCCCCCACAACAACGAUGUCGCGAUCAUUGAGUUGGAGUCUGGAUUCCAAUUCGUCUCUGACAUUGUUUACCCGGUGAAGCUUGCCGAUGCCGCGGAUGGCCUGCCUGCCGAGGGCACUGCCGCUGUUGUUUCGGGCUGGGGUUUUGAGAGCCUCACAAAGCCACCUCCAAGCCAACUUCAAUCUGUCAAUGUUGCUGUGACCAAUCGGACGAAGUGUGAAGAUGCAUGGGCGAACCAAUUCCCUCCGGAAAAAAUCUCUCCCAACAUGGUUUGUGCGGUCAAUGCGGAGACCGGAGGGGGUAGUUGUUUUGGGGACUCUGGUGGCCCUCUGGUGGACUCGAAGACCAAUAAGCAGAUUGGUAUCGUCUCAUUCGGAAAACUGACUUGUGCUUCUGAAGAUAAGAAGGAGGUUCCAGAUAUUUAUACGAGUGUGUCCGCUGUGCGGGACUUUAUUAACAACAAUGCUGUAUUAAUCAAAUUCUAAUGCAUGUACGUUGGGUGAUAUUGUUAUAGAGGAUUGAGAGAUGGGAAGGAGAGACAUGGAUUAAUUGUCUGCCCACGUCAGUACUCACGAAAAAUUUCAAUGAUACUUAAUUACUCAUCUUUUACUGCUACAAUUCAAUUUAAUAGAUUUAACAUGGC